AUGACCGACAAUAACACCUCAAACAAGACGAGUCACCCAUCCCCCUCCACUGCCAACGAGAGCACCGUCCAGCCACCACGCGAUGUCCGCCCCUGUCAACGUUGCCCCAACCAAACCGGUCACCUGGCUGACCGUUGUCCGCUACGACCUCUGCCAACUGCCGUGAGAAACACUACCAGCGUUACUGCUCGACCUGGCCCCGUGAGCACCACAACAUCCGCCUUUGUGGUUUCUGUUGGAGGAAAUCAUAUCUGGCACUACGGCAGCCGCACCAAUGCGGUUGCCAUCCAGAUCCCCACGGUUGUGAUUGAGGCGCCCACAGUUGCGGUCCAGAUUCGCGACAACCCGAAACGCAGGCGUAGAAAGAGACCAAACAAGGCGGCCAGGAGGGCUCGAUUGGCGGCUGAGCAUACCAAUUCUCAGGACACAACCCCGGCAGCGGUGAAGACGGAGGAUAGUGAUGACAAGGUGGUCCAGUGA